CUCCAUACCCAGCAGCACCACAGCCAAUCAGUUCCAAAGUAGCGUUCGUGAGGUGCAGAUCGCAGAUCGUGGAGCUUUCGGAAUUGCUCCAGUUUUUGUUCACCAGCAUUUGGUUCUUUUUUGGCUAUCGGUUUUUCUGUGGUAAUCUAAAAUUCGGGCGCGUAUACGCGACUGGUCAGUAGAACGCGUUCCAGAAGUGUUGCAUCCAAGCAUAAUCGGCUAUUAGUGGCGGGCUCCAGUCAAGUGUGAAUAGUAGCUAUAGCGAGUGAAUUUUAAUUUCGACGAAAUACAUAACUUUUAGAAAACUCGAAUUGAGUUGAUAAUUGCAGAAACGACAGGCGAACGCAUACUGAUAUAAUAGCUGCUGCUACUGCUGCUCAGGGCCGAGGAACCAAGCCCAAGCGGUUGGAGCUCUACAUGUUGCUGUUGCUGGACUAGAAGACGGAGAACCGAUUUCGCGGCUGUCGCAAGAUUAGAGCACUAACGGGGAAGCUAUGAAAAAGAUACGGCGAUGGCUGCUGGUGUUUGCGGUGAUAAUAGCCUUGAUGGUCAGGGUGGAUGGUUUAAAGGCGACCUCGUUGAUAUUCGGUCGCGGACCAGCCACCUCGAGCACCUCAACCACCAGCACCACGACGGCGGCGGCCACAUCGACCACCAGUACCACCACCACCACCACCGAGGAGGCAUCAGCAGAAGAGGAAGAGUCUGAUGAUCAAGGUGAAGAAGCGGUCACCAAAGCGCCACUUACCGGCAUUCCACAGGUGGAUUACGUGUGGGAUCCCAAUCUGCCACGAGAACUCAGAGGCGCAAAUCUAUCCAGCUACCCAUUCUUGGACUCGGUACCAGCGGAGGAGGACAUCGGGUUCACCUGCGAUCCCAAACUACACGACGGAUUCUACGCGUCCAUCAAGUACAACUGUCAGCUGUACCACCACUGCAUCCACGGAAUACGUUAUGACUUCCUGUGUGCCAACUAUACAGCGUUCGAUCAGAAGACCUUCAUUUGCCAUUUUGCCUCCGAAGUGGACUGUAAAAACUCACCGAAAUACUGGUUUAGAAAUGAACCUCUGUACAAAGCAACGACGACUACCACGCAGAAGCCGGCACCGACUCAACCGACAACGGCGGCACCCACCACGGUAUCGUCCAGGCCGAAACCGUUGAGAAAACCGGUGCGCAGACGACGUCCGCAGGAUUACUACUAUGACGAGGAAGACUACGAAGACGAUUACUACGAGGAACGUCCACGGCGCAGGAAGAAUCGUCCACGUAACCGACGGCCGUACUACGAGGACGAGUACGAGGAUGACGAGCGGUUCGAUCGACGACCAGCCGAUCGCUACCGGGAACGCGACAGAGAUCGGGACAUAGACGACGAAGACUACGAGGACCGUCGAACGUACCGUACGAAGAACCGCAACCGCAACAAUGAUCGACGCAACGGAGACGAUGAUCGGCGUUAUGGGUACGAUGAUCGCAGGAGGGAUCGAGAUCGAAGCCCGGUCGACAACGAUCGUCGCAAGCCGGUCGACGACGAUCGCCGCAAGCCGGUUGAUGAUGAUCGCCGCAAGCUGGUUGACGAUGAUCGGCGCGUUAUGUAUGACGAGGAGAAACGUUCAUCGUCGAGCGAUCGACGUAGGAGACCGUCUGCUAGUGAGGACAGGAAGGUCUCCGAGAGAAGACCGACUAGCGAUGAUCGGCGAUCUUUUUCGGGCGACGAAGUCAAAAGAAGGCCUUCGGAGGAAAGAAGUGGAGGCAGGAGGCCUUACAAUGACGAUCGCCGUUUCGACUACGACGACGAAGAUGAAGAUUAUAGUCCUCGACGACCAGAGAAGAAAUCCCGCCCACAAAGCGAUAUUGUGACGGUGAAGCCUUCAGGGUCUACAAUCUACGAUAGACCACGUGCAGCCCCGAGGAUCAAUCGGCCAGUUCCGUUGAAUGAGAAGACCAAGUACUCGUAUUCCAAUCCGGAUCCACCGAAGAAGAAACCAUCCACCACGCAAGCUCCAGCUGAGGAACCAGAACCUGAGUACUACGAUGAGUACGAAGAUGAGCCGAAGAAACCGGAACCUGUGGUCGAUAAACGAAAGGCAACUGAUGUGGGUAGCCGAGAUCGUAACGGUAACGCCGAGGAUAAAAGACAAAGCGCUUCUUCGGAUGUGGUCUACUACGACGAUGUGAUUGUGCCAAAGGACUCUCUUCCCCAAAAACCAGUUCCGGGAAACGUGAAGAAGCCGGAAGGGACCGAUAGGAUCAACAGUCGGGACAACUCCGAGUUGAACCAUCGGUAUAAUGAGAAAAUCCGACAAACUCAGCGAGUUUCCAAGCCAGAGAAUGUAGCGGUUUCCCAAAGGGCUAGACCAGCAUAUUUGGAUGAAGAUCCAUCGGAAGCAAGACAACCAAGUCCUCCCAAAUCACCGGCCAACAUAUACAGUAACUUCAAAAACAAAAAGCAGACUCCUCCAACCGAAAGUCGAAAACCAUCCGGAUCCAAUCAGAAUAUCCGAGACUACGACGCUACCAGCAACCCAGCAGAAGCCGCACGCCCAAUAAUCCGAGCAACAAAACGGCCAUUCCUUCCCAGCCGGGGAGGUAACCCCUACGCAGCCCGAGGACUUCAGCCGGUUGGUGUAGCGAAGCAAGCUCAAACCCCGUCACGGCAGCCACCUCCACCAAGCACCGAGUCCGAACGGCCAUCUCCGUUCCGCAUCGACGUCGGCAGCUCACCGGUAAGUUCCGUCCAGUUGGGCACACAGACCAGUACCGUCCGGCCACCCAACGAAAACCGCGUGAAAACCUUGGACCAGCUGUACGACGAAGAGUUCGAUGUUACGCUGAACGAUGCCCUGAACCCCACAUUGAAACCCCUGACCCGAAGUGCGCCGGCGCAAAGCUUCUUCCGUAAUCGCUACAUCCACCAGAGUUCCGACUCGGAAUUCGUCCCGUUCGAACCCAGCUACGCUCCGUCCGAGUUCCGGCGGGCGGCCGUACGGCCUCCAUCGGCCUUCGGCCAUCAGAUGCAACAACCGACGGUCUACAUCAGCCAGGUGCGGGGUCACCCUGGUCACGGCCGGUACGAGUAUGAGUACGAAUAUUAAACGGUGCGAAGAACCUACCCAAGUAAUCAAAAGUUCGAUUUUCUACAAUAAAACUUUUUCGAGUUCUGGAAAAAUUUAAAAAUGCUCACGAAUAACUUUAGACUGCAUAGUGUACAUAAAAGUACUUAUAAAAACAUGAAAGUUCUCACUGAGUUCUGAGAAGCGCUUUAGGCCACUUUCAAGCUUAAUAAGAGUUUCAUAAGCGUUUCUUGGAAAUUUACCGUCUGACAAAUUUCGUGUGAGUAUCCUAAGCUUUUUAAAAAUAUUUGACAGCUCCAAACAACUCCAUAUCAAAGUUUUUCCACAAAUGGUUGUUUCGAAAUUCAGGCAUAAUAAACUUUUUUAAGGAAACAGAGUUUCAUUCGAACUUCUGGUUACUUGGGUUUUCCAGAUCGAACCACCAGAGUGAAGUAACUUUUAAUUUAUUGAACAAACGCGAGCCUUUUCCUAUACGUACUGAGAGGCAAAGCGCACAAGGAUCUAAGGAAAUUAUUUAUUACUCAAGCCAGCUGUGCGUGGGAGGGACCGGGGUCCCCUUGGGUGACCUCAGCGGGGAGUGCGAGUAAAUUCUGGAUGCGUCGCUAGAUGCAACACCAUAUGCCAACACAAAAGUGAUUCAAAUUAUUUCAUUCGAUGGAGCCGUGCGGAACCACCGGAGGAAAUGCGUAUAAAAUUAUUUUUUGAUAUGAAAUGAAAACAAAAAAAACAUGCAAAACUCUUACCUGUACAUAUAUUUCUGCCCUAUUCUUAAAGAUAAAUACUCAAUAAAGGUGAUAUUGACGUAAUAAUACUACUUUGCGACAAAUUUUUCAAAGCGAAGAAGGAACAUUAUAACUACACGUGACGCGAAACAAACACACACAAAAAAAAAACAGAAUGCGUACUGCAAUAUAAAUACAUUAAACAUACACAUAAUUUAGUAAUAAGGGAAAAAACAAAAGUUACAAAAAAUAACUGUGUAUUGUACAUUGGAAAUCGAUUAUACGAAAAGAUUGAUGAAAAAAGCAAGACAUCAAGAAAAAAAUAAGGUUGAGAGAAGAUGGAAAACAAACUGUAGAAUAAAAAUAUAUAGAACUGUAGCUUGCUAACAUGAUCGAUUCGAGAACAAGAAGAAUAACAGGUCUUUCUGUAAGUGAGAAGAUGAAAUAAAGAAAAUUAAAUUUUCCCAUAAA